UCUACAAGGAAAGAAGUUGCAAUAGGCAGUGGGGGGCGGGAGAGAGUUAGUUGGGAGCUUCUUUAUACAAAUCUUCUAGGGGUCAAUUGCUACUUAUUAAGUUGGGAGGUGCAUAGUCAUGUGGGUGUUUUUGCUGAUGAUGUCGCUUUUAUUGUGUCCAGCUACUGCAUCAACAGCAAGGGCGCCAGAUGUAAAACCUCUCUGCCAAGACAAGUGUGGGGAUGUUAGUGUUCCUUACCCCUUUGGGAUUAGAGAACCAAGAUGUGCCAUGAAUACGCACUUCCUCCUAAACUGCACUUCAGGCGAUGAUGGGCAACCUCAACUGUUGCUUGGAAGAAACAUGCCUGUUCGCAAAAUAUCACAGCUGAACGGCACAGUCACUGUAGGCAUAUACACUGCUUUCGACUGCUAUAACGAAACAGCAAGGAACUGGACAAAGACUUCAGUCACCCUUGGAUCAGGCCCCUUCAUGUUCUCAGACACCCGAAAUGUAUUCACAGUAAUUGGUUGCGAUACAUAUGCCUGGAUGACCAACAAUGAGUCCACAUACGGAGCUGCCUGUCUCUCCUUUUGCACCGAAGAUGUGAACAUGUCCGAUGGAAAUCCUUGCUCAGGUUCUGGAUGCUGCCAGACCUCAAUCCCCAAGGGCCUCAAAUCACUUAAAUAUUCAUUAGGUCUUUACGACAACGAGAGCGUUUCGGACUUCAAUAUCUGUGGAUUCGCAUUUUUAGUGGACAAGAACUCCUUCAAGAUUUCAGAUUGGCCGCUCUCCCGCAAGCCAAAAUAUGGAAAAGAUGCAUAUAGAACAGAUAUUGUUAUUGAAUGGGCAGUUAAAAAUGAGACGUGCGAACAGGCUAAAGCUAAUCGAAGUGCAUAUGCUUGUGGCGCUAAUGCAAAUUGCACCUACCCUGAGAGUGGUCAAGGAUAUCGUUGCUUAUGCAAUGAAGGGUUCGAAGGAAAUCCCUAUCUCCAAGAAGGAUGCCAAGAUGUCGAUGAGUGCAAGGAUCCAGAAAGAUAUCCAUGCCAUGGAAGAUGCAAGAACACCAUUGGGAAUUACAAGUGUCGAUGUCCACUUGGUCUGUAUGGUGAUGGUAAAAUAGGUUGUCAAGGAAUUGAUAUCAUCACAUUAAUUACAGUAUCAAACGGAACUCUUUUCAAGCACAUACAUGACAAAACGUCGCAGUUACUAGCUUCCUGGAGCAAUCGUCUGAGGAUAGCAUCAGAGAUUGCCCUUGCGCUUAAUUACCUGCAUUCUCUUGCAGACCCUCCGAUUAUUCAUGGAGAUGUCAAGUCCGUGAACAUACUUUUAGACAACAACUACACAGCAAAGGUUGCAGAUUUUGGAGCUUCAGUGCUGAUUUCUUCAGACCAAACCAUUAUAGCCACAAAAAUACAAGGGACUUUAGGCUACCUGGAUCCAGAGUAUCUCAUGACGGGUAUUUUAACCGCAAGGAGCGAUGCCUUCAGCUUUGGGGUAGUUCUUGUGGAGCUUCUUACGGGACAAAAGCCAAACUCCAGUUCCAGUUCUGGAGAGAAACGGAACCUGAUUCAACACUUUAUCUCAGCACUGGAAACUAAUAAUCUUUUCAGAAUUUUGGAUUUCCAGGCAGCUGAUGAAGGCGAAAUGGAUGAGAUAGAAGCUGUAGCUGAUCAACCUUCAAGUGUGAAGGCGUGCGAGACCCAACAAGCCAGACCCAACAAGCAUGGGCUUGACACAUUGUCAAGCCUAAUUGUGGAUGGGUCUGGUACUAGCGAGUCCCAAUAA